UGUCUGCAGUGUGGACAAGAACGCCACCGGCCCAUGCCUCACGGGUCCGUGGAGGGCAGCCUCAGAGAUACUGGGUGCUCUGGGCACCAUGGAUGACGCUGCCGUCCUCAAGCGGCGAGGCUACAUCAUGGGGAUAAACUUGGGAGAGGGCUCAUACGCUAAAGUCAAAUCUGCUUACUCCGAGCGCCUCAAGUUCAACGUGGCGGUCAAAAUCAUUGACCGCAAGAAAGCCCCUCCAGACUUCUUGGAGAAGUUCCUUCCCCGGGAAAUUGAGAUUCUGAUCAUGCUAAACCACCACUCCAUCAUCAAGACCUACGAGAUCUUUGAGACCUCAGAGGGCAAGGUCUACAUUGUCAUGGAGCUCGGGGUCCAGGGCGACCUCCUUGAGUUCAUCAAAACCCAUGGAGCCUUGCAUGAAGACGAGGCUCGCAAGAAGUUCCGCCAGCUCUCCUCGGCUGUCAAGUACUGCCACGACCUGGACAUUGUCCACCGAGACCUCAAGUGCGAGAACCUGCUCCUCGACAAGGACUUCAACAUCAAGCUGUCAGACUUUGGCUUCUCCAAGCGCUGCCUGCGGGAUGACAGUGGCCGGCUGACCCUGAGCAAGACCUUCUGUGGGUCGGCAGCAUACGCAGCCCCAGAAGUGCUGCAGGGCAUCCCCUACCAGCCCAAGGUCUACGACAUCUGGAGCCUGGGCGUGAUCCUCUACAUCAUGGUCUGCGGCUCCAUGCCCUAUGACGAUUCCAAUAUCAAGAAGAUGCUGCGAGUGCAGAAGGAGCACCGCGUCAACUUUCCGCGCUCCAAGCACCUGACUGACGAGUGCAAGGACCUCAUCUACCGCAUGCUCCAGCCGGAUGUCGGCCGGCGGCUGCACAUCGACGAGAUCCUUGGCCACUGCUGGGUGCAGCCCAGGACCCAGGUCCUGUCCUCUGCAGCCAUCAACAAGGAGGCGGGGAGCUCCCGGGGCGCUGAGCCCUUGAAGACCCCCGAACCUGGCUCUGACAAGAAGUCGGCCACCAAGCUGGAGCCCCGGGAGGAGGCACAGCCUGAGGUGAGGCUGGAGUCAAAGUCCAAGGAAGAGACGCUACAAGUGCAGGCAUCGAGGCCGUUGGAGACCGCCAGUGUCACCCUUGUAGGCCAGCAGCAGAGCAGGGAGACAGUGGAAGGGGGCUCCCUGCAGCCCCCUGACACACACACCUAGUGAGCCUCUCUCAGGGCCCAGGGGCUAGCAGGAGAUGAGAGAUGAGGCUCAGGGCUUCAAGCCCGCGGGCUGCAGAGAAGCCAAGGGACGCAGCAGUGAAGGACAGUCCCGGAUGAGCCACUAUU